AUGUCCAGACGGCGAGUUUCCUCGGGGACAAUAGAGCCACCCAGCCGAUUUUCGGGCGACUUUGCCUCGGACCUCCACGCGGAUGUAGGAGGCGAUGGCGAUGCUGGGGGGAUCGGUAGUUUAGCAGAUGAGUUGGCGGAGGCGUGGGACGAUGACGCGUAUGGAUAUGGAUACUCAGAGGGAGAUGCCUCUGGCGUGCAAGAUGGAGAGGUCAUGAUUUCUAUUGACGGCGCAAGCCCCUUAAGGACCGAUGAUCAAGCUUAUAUCGAGUCGAUUCACGAUAUGGGAAUCGGCAUGGGUGGAAUAUCUCAGGGUAACUCAGACUCGGAACAUGAACAGCUAAAGCCCCCAAGACAGAAACCAAAAGGACAGUCCCGGCAUCGUCGACAUGAGUCUUUAUAUGAUGGUUCUGAUUACGGCAAUGAUUCUGACUUUGAGGAUCCCGGUGAAUUAUCACCGGGGUUAGAAGCGCGCAUGGCUAGCAUUGAAGAUCUGGUGAGAUGGACCACGGGAGGCGAUGAUAAAAUUGGAGUCGUGGAUCAAUUUAUUGGUCUUUUGCGAGAACUGGUCGGCCAGGCAAGCAUUGAGAAUAGUGCUAGCAGAUUGAUCACUGCGCACACCUCACUUGCAUCGCAUCUCACGCAUCAAACACGCUCCUUGCAGACCCUUACACAUCCGCUCCUUAUCUCCUCCUUCCCAUCACUUUCCUCUGAUGCCAUCGACGAUCUCGUUUCCCUGAUCAACACUCUCUUGCCUAACCUGCCCUUUCCUGACUCAGGCCAGCAUCAACUCUCUACCCGCCAACAUACUGACUCCAACCACUCCACACACUUGCGCUCAGACUCACAAUCGACACCACUCCUCUCUCUUCAAUCCCUACUUUCUCAGACAUCUGAUCUCACACACACCCUACGCAUUCUCAAUGACACCGUCCACGAGUCCCGCCAACUCACCUCUACCGCCUCUCGGCGUCUUAAGACUGUCCGCGAACUUGUCUUAGAUAUGAGACAAGAGGAUGAGGCGCGCGAGGAGGGUAUUCGAUGGAUUGAAAAAGGUGGUUGGGAUGCGCGCAUCGCUGAGAGGGAAGCUGGUGUAAUUUGCCAGAGCGUCGUGAGUGGGUUUGAAGCUGUAUGUGGAGAAUGGCGAGACAGGCUAUUCGGGGCAGCUGAGGUCACUGUUACCUAA